GGAACUUUACGUAGAACACCUAACUUCUGUAAGGUUUCGUUAACUAUUUGUGCUGUGCUUAUGUGACUGAUGUUUUCUUUCGUGUGUGAAAAAAAUAUUUUCUCUUGGAAACCCUAGAACAAUGUGAAUCAGACGGUAUGGACGAGGUUCUAUGCGGCAACUGUAGUUUCUACUUGGACGAAAACGAUGGCCUGUACGGGAAUCAAACCAAGAACGCAACUAUCAACAAGUUCUAUUUUUAUCAGUCAGCACAGCUCGUGGUACUAUGGAUGCUUCUCGUCGCCAUAGUUGCUGGGAAUGCUACCGUCAUUCUGGCGCUGCUUCUUACCAAGACCAGAAAGAGUCGAAUGAAUUUCUUCAUCAUGCACUUGGCUAUAGCUGAUCUUUGGGUUGGUUUAAUAAGCGUACUGCCAGACCUUAUACAACGGAUAACGAUAUCUUGGCUAGCCGGCUCCAUAGCUUGUAAGCUAAUGAAGUAUUUACAGGGUGUUGUGACGUACUCGUCAACUUACGUUCUCGUGGCGCUCAGCAUUGACCGCUGCGAUGCUAUCACCCACCCUAUGAACUUCACAGGAAGCUGGCGGCGUGCAAGAGCUCUUAUAUUCGGUGCUUGGUUGCUGAGUUUUAUAUUUUGCAUACCAAUGUUGGUUCUCUUUGACGAAGCGGACAUACAAGGUACACCUCAAUGCUGGUCAGGUAUAAAUGUGACACAGUGGCGUAUCUGGAUGACGAGCGUAUUCAUUUCACUCUUUGUCGUCCCAGCGCUUGUUAUAUCAGCUUGUUACGGCGUCAUCGUCAUCACUAUUCGACAUAAGAGCAGACGAGUACUUGGAAAAAGAACUACUGCUACCAGAACAUACAGCGAUGAUUUGGAAAGUCGUCGAGCUAGCAGCCGUGGUAUAAUACCGAAAGCGAAAAUUAAAACCGUCAAAAUGACCUUCGUCAUAGUUUUCGUGUUCGUGCUGUGCUGGUCUCCCUACAUGAUCUUCGAUCUACUGCAAGUAUACGGCUAUGUCCCCGACACCCAGGCCAACAUCGCCAUAGCUUCGCUGAUACAAAGCCUGGCACCACUCAACUCUGCAGCUAACCCGGUUAUAUAUUUCAUAUUCUCCAACAGGAUAUUUGUAAGUCUCAGGUGAAAGAUGACAGUAUCAAAUAUCCUAAACAGCGGCUACACCAGUGUAACAGUUCGCGAAAAGUUCGGCUACACUUGCCAAAUGACGUCCAAACUAACAAUAACUGCCAGCCGAGACGAAAUGACACGUUUUUAUAAA